CAAGUCGUUAAGUGGGAAGUAGCCUGACCCUCUACCAAUCAGUAAAUGCUGAAAUGAUCAUCGUUCGUGUUUUCGAAAGAAUAAAAUGCUACGGAAUUAUACUUACUUAUGUUUUUCUCUGCGCGUUCAGACCUUCACCUUUCUACAUUGAGAACAAGGACAAGCUGAAUCUGAAAAGCUCUGGCACAUUAUUUCAGGCCGCCCUGCCUCUUCCCUCGCUUUAGUUAGAUGGUAAACGAACGGCAUUUUUAUUGCCACGGCCCUAUUAGAGCAAACGAUAAGCGACCACACCUGAGUAGAGUCGUGUCUAUCUAAAGUGUACCCUCUCGUCCUACUCCUGGUAUGGUCCGCAAGAACCAGCAAUUUACAAGUUUUACCCAUACUCCCUCUUCUGAUUUUCAUUUUCCUGGGUCGCAAAGCCUGGUCAGACAAUCCAGCGCAGGAGCAGCAUGGUGAGCCAAAAAAUAACAAAACAGAACAUGAUAUCCCCGACGACGACUUCCAAGACCGCAGCCAUCGGCUCUCCCGGUGACUGUGCUACGAACGCCGUUCUUUUCGUCGGCGAGGGGAAUUUCAGCUUCACGCACAGUCUCCUGCGCGUCGACGAAAAUGUGUUGCAGGGCUACUUUGGAUUCGUACCAAAAACCGUCUGCGCGAGCAGCUUCGACCAGGAAGAGGAGCUGCAUGAGAAGUACCCAGACUUUCGGCACAUGCAGAAGCGCAUGCAGGGCAGGAUCGACCUGCGACACGGCGUCGACGCGGUCACGUUGGAUAGAGUCGUGGCAUCCUUGGACGAGGAUGAACACACCGGAAACUACGCAAUAAAAACCGCGGCAAUACUAAACGCAGUAGACGGUGGUCCUCGGGGCGAAGAGGUCGUGAUAUUAGGGGAAGACGAGAAUCAUAGAGCGGCUCCACUCGUAGAUGAAGCUGUGCCUCCCACUAGAAGCGACAUCAAUUGCGAGAACGGCAUCACCGAGAAGGCGAAAGACAUCGUAGAAAUUCGGCGUUUUGAUACGAUCUGCUGGAACCAUCCGCAUUUGGGGACCGAAGACUGCCGCUUGCACCAUUUUCUCCUCUGCCAUUUCUUCUUCGCGGCGAAGGGAAGAUUAGCGGGUCUUGAAACUAUGGCGGAAGAAGGAACUCUAGCGCGUACUUCUACUUCCCGCGAGGAGGAGGAACUACAGGAUGAAACCAGCACGGAGACGUCGACUCCUACGGCGAUAUCAAAGGGAGAUCGUUCUUCUAAAGGUCUUGUGAACAGCGACAGACCCUCCAUACAACAUCCGCCCGUCAGGAAAACAACAAAUCAAACUCACCCUAGAGUGAUCAUCUCCCUGGUAGAGGGACAAGCACACCGGUGGCGCCUCGAGGAGGCGGCGGCGAAGUGCGGUUUCGCUCUGCACAGCUACUCGGUUCUGGACGCGAGUCGGUUCCCCGGCUACGAGUCCAAGCGCAACAAGAGCGGCAAGAGCUUCAAAAACACGGAAACGAAAAAGCAGUGGCGACCGGGCAUGAAGAAGAAAAAUAGCAAUUAUGUGGGAGCAGCAGGGUCCUCGUCUUGUGAAGCUGAAGAAGAUGGUGUACAGGAUCAAAUAAGGCGAGCGCAGAAAGACAACUCGGCCUCCUCCCGCACAACGGCCAGCACCACAGAGAUGAUCAGUUACGUGUACCGGUUUGUGUUGCAAGGUGAGGAAGGAGAAGAGCAGCCGGAAGAUAGUGUUAAACUUAAGCCAGGGCAGGAGAUGAAAAACGAUCCUCGCACAACAACCACCUCCAGCAGUACACCAACCUCGGGACGACACCUUCUUGACGAUAUCGCAGCUAGUAGUACUCUGUCGAAAAAUGAUUAUCCAGUGGAGGAAAAAGAAUCAUCGUCCUCGACGAGGGCAGACGUUGUUGACGCAGAUGCAACCGCGGCAGCGGCAGCUGCAAGAACUGGAAAAAAGACAAUGACGGAGCUCUUCUGCAACGAUAGCCCGUCAGGGCGACCUAAGAAUCAUUUGAACGAGACAAGCAUCACAGAAGAGGUGGUUCUCAAGAACAGCACGGUUCCAGCGAGGAGAGAAGUCGUAGUAAUGGAAAAUAAGAACAAGAACAAACGGGGCGCCAGUCUUGGUCUUUCGAACAACUUUUCCUGCACUCACUGCGACCGGUCGUUCCGAUCGGAGCAGGGAUUGCGGACGCACGUGCGACAAGUCCACGAGCUGAAGAAGUAUGACAAGAUUAUUGAGAAGCUUCCUGUUGUAGCUUUGGGGAACAAUGACAUUGCCAACGUCGACAGCAAUGUCCUCUCAACAUCUCCUGCGCUAGGACAGGAGCACCAGUUUGUCUGCAAGUACUGCCCGCCCUUGUGUAAUGAGGACAACGACGAUGAGGACCCAACAAAGACGAUUUUUAAACGGAAGACCUUUCCCAACGCCGAGGCGUUGUGGCAACACCAGCUAGCAAAACACACGAAGGAAUGCUUUCAACAGAUGCAGACAAGGGGAGACGGAGGUGAAGGACGACCACAAUCCGGAGCUCCUCCUGCGGCUGGGGUGGAACAACUACAAAUUGAUGCACAACAAGAACUUCUAUCAUCCGCCACGACAUCUUCUUCACCUGUGGAGGGUCCUCUUUCAGAUCCCGCAGCAGACACCGUUAAGAAUGUCGUGCUUAACCGGUACUCCAUCGCAAGCGGUUCGCAUUUACUGCGGGAUAAGUACCUGUUUUUUGAUCCUGAUGGCCCCCCAGAGCAGGAACACAAAUCUACGAGCUUUAUGGCGACUAACAAGACGAGAGGACGAAACGGUGGCGGUACAACUGGGGCCGACAAAGCUACGACAAACAGCGACACGACGAGCGCAAUAUGUCCUGAGGCUGGUGUUGAGCAGGGUGACUACGAAUCGGGGAAGAACACGACGAGGUCUUGCACAGGUCCUGGAGCAGCUGCACUGGGGUCCUCGAUACAGCCGAGUACUACUAGUAGCUUCAGGCCGUGCGAAAUUUGUGGGCAAGCGGUUCCCUCUACGUGGACUUUGGACGAGCACCUGCGGACCCUGCGGCCGCUGUUGGGGUUGAACCUGGAGUGCGACUCCUGCGGAAAGUCUUUCAUCGAACACCGUGCUCUGCAGCAGCACAGAAAUUACUGUCGUUUGAAGCAAAGAGUUUGAUGAUGACCCGGAGCGGGUCAGGGCCGGCUUGCUGGGCCUCAUCUACGCGGAACUGCUUGCUCAGACUGCCGUGCCGAGUUUUUUCUUCAAGAACUUCUACCCAGCAAGAACGAUAAAUAUAGCGACUCCGAGAAUGUUAUGAAUGCAACUGAAAUUUUUACACGCGAUAGCGUUGGCUGAUGG